AUGACUGUCUAUGUAUUAGUGCAAGUUCUUGCGACUGUGGUCCCUCUGCUUCUGGCAGUGGCGUUCUUAACCCUGGUAGAACGUCGUGUCAUGGGAGCCAUGCAGCGUCGACAAGGGCCCAACGUCUGGGGUUUUGGAGGUCUGCUCCAGCCCUUUUUUGACGGUCUUAAACUUUUGUUGAAAGAGCCCAUUUUACCCAGCACAGCUGACCAGCCUCUGUUUAUGUGGGCGCCAGUGCUGACUUUUUUGACCAGUCAAGCAGCUUGGGCAGCAUUGCCGACCAGUUCCGCAGGAGCGGUCAGUGAUCUAAACUUAGGCACAAUGUAUUUCCUAGCCAUUGGAAGUCUUGGAGUCUAUGGGAUCCUUCUGGCGGGAUGGGCUAGCAACAGUAAAUACGCUUUUUUAGGGUGUUGCCGCUCUGUUGCCCAAAUGAUUAGCUAUGAAUUACCAAUGGGACUUAUUGUCUUAACCACAGCAGUGGUUGCCAAUAGCUUGAACUGGACAGUUUUGGUUGAAACUCAGCAAUGGGUAUGGUUUCUACUUCCACUGUGGCCUCUAGGAGUUAUUUGGAUGAUUUGCUGUUUAGCUGAAACCAACAGAGCGCCUUUUGACUUACCCGAAGCGGAAGCUGAGUUGGUUGCCGGUUAUAACGUCGAGUACAGUUCCAUGGGAUUUGCUUUGUUCUUUAUUGCUGAAUAUGCUAACCUAAUUCUUAUGAGUACAGUCACCAGUCUUCUUUUCUUAGGUGGAACUGGAGCACCUCUAGCCAUUCUGUCUUUUUUACCAGGCGCUCUUUGGCUCUCUCUAAAAACCCUUUUGGUCUUGUUCAUGUUUGUUUGGGUUAGAGCCACUCUCCCUCGUUAUCGCUAUGAUCAGCUCAUGACUCUUGGCUGGACUGUGUGCGCUGUUGCGCUGUUGUUCAUGUUGUGA